AACGAACAUUAUUUUAUGGUUUAUAGUUUGAUAAAAUAACCAGUUUUAUGCUAAACAAACAAUCAAAAAUAAACUACAAUGAAUUUUAAAGUAUUUUUGUCCAUUUUCUUUAUGUUAGUUGCGUUAGCAACAGUUCAAUUUUCUACAGCUUCUGCAGCUACUCCAGCUACACCAGCUACUCCAGCCACUCCAGCUACACCAGCUACACCAGCUACACCAGCUACUCCAGCUGCACCAGCAAAUCCGAGAGGAGGUGGACAACAAGGACGUUGGAUAACAAGGAACUAGAGGUAACCACGGAAGUGGAGUGUAAAAAAAAAGAGUGGAAAACAAAGACAUAGACCAAGGUGGUGGGUACAUCGGUGGAAAUCG